CAUACCAAACAAAGACGUAAAUCGGAGGAAGCAACGGGCUCCGAUCUCUUCUGUCUCUCCCUACCCUCGGCCGACGUCCUCUCCGGUCAUCCCCUCCCGGCCCUCCCUCUCCACUCCGGUUUCCGCCUGCCCCGACCACACGGCUACCGCUCUCCAGCUUUGACCGCUGUCCCUAUCCGUCGCUUUGCUUGCCUCCUCGGGUCCCUCUCCUUGCCUGCUUUCCAUUCAGAACGGACCCAAAUCGAGCUUAAUCAGAGGACGCCUGCAGCUCAGACUAUGGAACUCUUCGGUUACACGGCUUGCAGACAGUUGUCUCAAUUGUUCGCGUCAAUCAUCUUCUUCCACGGGUCCGAAUACAUCCUGGCAGUCACCUUCCAUGGAAGAUCGAAUGUAACUCUCAGCUCUCUCCUGAUCAGCAAGAACUACCUUAUCGCAAUGGUCUUCUCUUUGCUGGAGUAUCUCGUCGAAGUCACUUUCUUCCCGGGGCUGAAGGAGCUUUGGUGGGUCAGCAACUUCGGCCUCGUGAUGAUCCUUGUAGGUGAAAUCAUAAGGAAAUUGGCAGUUAUAACAGCAGGUCGGGCUUUCACGCACUUGAUCAGAAUCUAUCACACGGAUGAACACCGACUAAUCACUCAUGGGAUCUAUGCAAUUGUUCGGCAUCCUGGGUACAGUGGGUUUUUCAUCUGGUCAGUUGGGACACAGGUGAUGCUAUGCAACCCUCUUUCGACACUUGGAUUCACAGUUGUUGUCUGGAACUUCUUUGCAAGAAGAAUCCCGUAUGAGGAGUUCUUUCUAAGGCAAUUCUUCGGGCAGGAGCAUGAGGAAUAUGAGAGGAGAGUUCCCUCAGGAGUACCAUUUGUGAAGUAACAGAUAAUUUCACAACCUGUGCUUUUUCUCAAGCAUCAAAUUGAUGAUAAUUUUGAAAUGGAGAUCGCGCUACUGGAGGCGGAUCGAUAGGAGAAUUACGCGUCUCUGUCUCAAUGGUUCAUCAUUUUUGGGAAGAUUAGGCUGGGUCAAUCUUGACUAUAAUGUAUUUUGUCCCUAUAAUGUAAAACGUAUGCCGUUCGUCGAGAAUAUUAUUAGGUGAUAAUGUGAGUACAAAUUAAUUGAUUCUUGAUUUCACCUA